AUGUGCGGCCGCAUGGAAAGCCUGUGGAACUUCUGCCUCUCGCUGUGCUUGAGGAUCCCCAUGUGGAUCUACAACCACUGCAUCUUGCCCUUGAUUUGCGUCCUGCCCUUCUUCCAGAAGUAUAAGACGUUCAACUACUCCUACCACAACCGGUUGGUCAAAGAGGUGGUACAUGCCAAUGAUAUCCUGGACAUAGCCAUGGCACAUGGUUUCGACGUGCAGGAGCAUCUGGUAAGAACGCAGGAUGGGUAUCUCCUCACGGUCCAUCGUGUCCUGGGCAAGAAAAGCGAAGUGUACCGCUCGCAGGCAAAAAAACCGGUAGUCUAUUUUCACCAUGGCCUCUUGACUAAUAGUGAGCUGUUCCUGCUCGGUCAAACUUCUGAUAAAUGUCUGCCGUUCCUCCUUGUCGAGCGCGGCUACGACGUCUGGCUUGGCAACAACCGUGGUAACAAGUACAGUAGAAAGCACAUCAACUUGUCAUCUAGGUCGGCCAAAUUCUGGGACUUUUCUUUGGAUGAGUACGCCAUCUUCGAUAUCCCUAACACGAUAAGCUACAUUCUGAACCUUACGGGUCUCGAGAAGCUGACGUACAUAGGCUUCAGCCAGGGCUCUUCGCAAGCCUUUGCGGCGUUCUCCAUCAACCCUCAGUUAAGAGACAAGAUUCAGCUAUUUGUCGGUCUUUCGCCGGCAAUGAUACCCAGGUCUUUGAGUCACCCCGUGGCAAAGUUCCUUGUUACGUGCCCUCCAGAGCUGCUCUACUUCAUCUUCGGAACUAGAGCCAUUUUACCCUCGGUGGUGUUCUGGCAACGUUUGUUUGGCCCCAUAAACUAUAUGAAAAUUGUCGACUGGUCCCUGGUGUACCUUUUCAACUGGAAAAGUGAGCACAUCAGCAGCGCGCAGAAGCAGGUGGGUUACACGCACAUGUUCUCGCCUUCAAGUGUGAAAAGCGUCGCGCAUUGGUUCCAGAUUAUCCACAACAAGCGCUUCCAAAUGUUCCAGGAAGACAUCUCCAAGAUCUACUCGUCCGUACCAUCUUUGCACAGAAAACUACAUCGCUGCGCUCCAUUUCCGGUGCAAGUCAUCGAAAACAUGCCUAUGAUGUUGCUCUACGGCGACCAGGACAUAUUGAUCGACAUGGAAACUACCAAACAAAACCUAGUGCGCAACUUAAGCGACCUUACACUCGUGGAGCUUCCUGGCUACGAGCACAUGGAUACCCUAUGGGCUGAGAACGUUGUUGAGGAAGUUUUCAACCCAAUACUAAAGAAGAUAGAUCAAAUUCACGCCGAAAAACCCUACCAAAAUGGCUUGGAGGUGACUGCUAGUGCAUAA